AUGCGCUCGGCGCUGCGCGGCGCGCCCCGACGGGGCGGCCGCCGCCUCCUCCUGCUGCUGGCGGUCACGGAGGCUGUAUUGGGAACUGCUGCAGCAGCACUGUAUAGGAGGGACAAGUUAGAUCCCUUAGAUCCAAGCAGGGGAGGGGAAGAGUUUUACCAAGUCCAAGACAGCGAUCUCUAUUGCAAGAAGUGCCCUGCGGGCACCUACGUUGCAGAGCACUGUAAAGAGCAAAAUGGUUCCAGCAAGUGCUUGCCGUGUAAAGAAGAUGAAUACAUCGAAUACCCCAAUGACUUUGCCAAGUGCCUUCGCUGCCGGACGUGUAGGGAAGAUCAGGUGGAGCUGAGUCCCUGCCGAGCUGUCAGCGACACGCAGUGCACCUGCAGGAACGGCACCUUCUGCUCCCCGGACCACCCCUGCGAGAUGUGCCAGAAGUGCCGGCCCCGGUGUCCCAAGGACGAAGUGGAGCUGGCUCCCUGCACGCCGCACAGCGACCGCCGGUGCGGUCCUCCCACCGGCACCUUCUCCGACUCCUCUAACAACUUGAUCGUGGGCAUCGUGGUGGUGGUAGUCGUUGUGGUCCUGCUUGUGUUCAUCUCCCUCUGGAAAUGCCACUGCUGCCGCUCCCCAGGUGAGCACCGGGACUACCUGCUGCGGCAGCUGACGAGGUACCAGAGGGGGGGCCUGGGGACGCAGGACAACAUCCGCAAUGAGCGGUUCUCCCAGGAUCAGCUGCUCCCCACGGCGUCGGGUUCGGUGACUCCCAGCGCUCCGGGGCUGGAGGUGACGGUGCCGAGGACCUCGUAUCCCGGUGUCAAACCCAGGAGGAAUCUGGUUCCAGUGCAAGGAAAAGACCCCGUUAUCCUUUUGCGACGCUCUUUUGACAUCUUUGCCCGAGAGGUGCCCUACAAGGACUGGAAGAGAUACGGCCGAGCCCUUGAUCUGCUGGAGAAUGACAUUGCCCUCGCAGAGAUGAACGACAAGUAUUCGCUGGAGCCCUUCUUCCAGAUGCUCAACAUGUGGCAGAACAGACAAGGGAUGAACGCCUCUGUGAACACGCUGCUGGAGACCCUGCACCAGAUCAAUCUCGGAGGGAUUGCAGAGGACAUCUCCUCCAAGCUGGUCCAGCAGGGAUCUUUCCAAUACGAAGGGAGCUGAGGAGCAGGGCAGGCCCUGCAUCUCACCACUUCAAGGUGAAUCCAUGAAUACCUCUAAAAAACACUUGAGUUUUAGCUUUUUAUAGCUCUCUUAUGGCUCUUCUCUUUUUGAAGCCAUUGUACAGUUCAGCUGAGCCCGGAGGAGUUGAUCCUCUCAUGAAGUACAAGCCUCGUGGCCCUCUCUGCCGAAGCUACAGGCUCGACGUCGGUGCUUCCUUACGAAAUCCAAGCUGGUGCCUUGAUUUCUCUGGGUCAAUGCAAAGAGCCUAAAACUAUCGCAAGCUGCCUCGGACUGUCUCACUUGGAAGCACUGGUACUAUAUGGACAUCUUCAGGAUUAGUGCAGAGAAGGGCUUUUGCAAGAUGUAGGCAUCCCUGUGGUUUUUAACUGGAUCAUCCUUUCUUGGGGGGGUUCCUGGCAUCAUGCAAUGGCUUCUGCUUGUAGAAGCAAGCUUGAUACUGUAUGCUCGGUGGGCAAGCAUUAACUGGGUUCUUGGGUUAUUUUCUCAAAGCUGUUGACUGAAUUGCAUUUUAACUGGUAGUGGUUCUGCUUGCUGUUAGGAAUCAGUUUGAAACUGGACUUUGAGGGG